UGUACGAAGUUAGUACAAAUUUUGUAUUUAAGUGGGUGACAUUUUUUAUGCAUCGGAGGGAGCAGGUUGUAACAUGUUGGAUCGAUAACAUACCAAAAUAAUCACACCGAGGAUGGGUUCAUGCACAAUAAUGCAGAAAUUCGAGAACGUACAUUACGCACAGAUUUCAACAUACAAUUUCAUACACUUUUAACAAUGUUUAGCACCCUGUACAUAAACUUUCCUUUCUAAUUGAAUGGUAACUUGGCAAUCAACUGUAUUUUUCUGUAGGAAAAACAUUUUUACCAGCGCAAGGAAGAACUUUGCCGUUGCAUUUCAGCACCAGUGUGCCUUUCGCGUUUUCUCCUACGGUCCUACCCCACUUGAUGAGCCUGAACUCACAAGUUGGUCGAGCCGCAGCACGCAUAGCAGAGCAUGGAGGAGCCCCCUCCUUCGCCGAUCUGGCCGCCGCCACCUCCAGGAUCGCCUGGCACGGCCGUGCCGGCGACGCCGCCGCGGCGCGCACCGUGUUCGACGCCAUGCCCUGCCGCGACGCCGUCGCCUGGAACGCCAUGCUCACCGCCUACGCCCGCGCAGGCCAGCCGCGCGCCGCCCUCGGGCUCUUCGUCCGCGCGCACGCGCCGGACGCAUUCUCCCUCACCGCCGCGCUCUCCGCGGCCGCGGAUCUCCGCUCCCCCGACGCCGGCGCGCAGCUCCAUGCGCGCCUCCUCCGCCUCGGACUGCGCGCGCCGCUCCCCGUCGGCAACGCUCUCGUCGCCAUGUACGCCAGGUGCGCCCGCGCGGACGACGCCGCGCGCGCCUUCCGGGAGAUGCCCGAGCGCAAUGCGCUGUCCUGGUGCUCGCUCCUUCAUGCCUACGUUGCUUCAGGCCAGAUGAAGGUUGCGCAGGAGUUGUUCGAUGAAAUGCCCAUUGGAAACAAUGUUGCUUGGAACACGUUGCUCAUGGGGUAUUCCCGCAGUGGCAAUGCCAAGCAGUGUUUGCUUGUGUUUAACAAGAUGCGGAUGUCAGGACUAUGCUGCGACGAUGCAACACUGUGCAUUCUUGUUGACGCUUGCGCAGAGCUUCCCUACCCACCUACCGGCUUUGCAAUCCACAAGAUUGUUGUGCAGAGUGGCUGGAAUGCCAUCCCUGAGGUCAAUAACUCACUUAUUUCCUUCUACAGUAAGUUCAGCUUGCUAGAGUAUGCUGUGAAGAUCUUCGAGUCUAUGGAGAGUAGGACCAUUGUGUCAUGGAAUUCAUUGAUCGAUGCAUACAUGAGGCUUGGCCACAUUGAACAAGCUGCUGUGCUGUUUCGAAUUGCUCCUGCAACCAAUGCCAUCUCAUGGACUGCGAUGAUUGGAGGUUUUGCGAGGAAUGGCUCUGCAGAUGAGGCCCUUGCACUGUUUGUCAAGAUGUUGACACAGGACGAUAUCCAUCCUGACAGCUUUACUUUUGGGGCCGUGCUUCAUGCUUGCGCUACUGCAUCUUCUCUGGCCAGUGGAAGGAUGAUCCACGGCUGUGCAUUCAGAACCGGUUAUGCAUCCUACUUGUAUGUGGCCAACAGUUUGAUGGACAUGUAUGCCAAGUGUGGAGACGUAGAGGGUGCAACCAAUGUAUUCCAUGCUGUUCUUAAGAAGGAUUUGGUCUCAUGGAACACAAUGCUGUUCGGAUUCGCGAUAAAUGGAUGGGCAAAGGAAGCACUAGAAGUGUACAGAAGAAUGUUAUCCCACGAUGCUUGCCCUGACGAGGUCACAUUUGCAGGCUUGCUCACAGCCUGCAGCCAUUCUGGCCUCCUGGAGCAAGGGAGAACCUUCUUUGAGUCAAUGGUGUCUGUCCAUGGACUGAAACCAACACCAGAGCAUUUAUCUUGCGUUCUUGACAUGUAUGCUAGAUCAGGAAACAUUGCAGCGGCCAUUGAGAUGCUGGACCGUUACUCGGAAACAAUUCAGACGUGUAGCGUCAUGCGUGAAGCUUUGCUAAGCACCUACUCACCAGAUCACCUGGACAUGAGAACCAGAAGGAAGGUGGGAAGCAGCAUGGUGUCGUCUGAUCCUUCAAGAGAUGCAGGCUAUGUCAUGCUGUCCAACUUGUUUUGCGCCACUGGGCAGUGGACUGAAGCCGAGAGGGUAAGGAGAGCCAUGGCAGAGCAUGGCGUCAAGAAGUCCCCUGGCUGUAGCUGGAUCCAAGUUAAGGGUGCCGUUAAGGUAUUUGUAUCAGGUGAGCAAGAGGUUGAUCGGUCAGAUAUAGUAUGCGAUGUCAUUCACUUGUUGGACGAUGAGAUGAGAAAUAUUAUGUUUUGCGGCGCGUAAUUAUUACCAGAUUUAGCACAGUAUUUUUGCGGUGUAUAAUUAAUCAGAGAAUCACAUAUUGUUAUCCCGA